CAGCUCACAGGUAUGCCAAUCCUCGCCUUCAUUCACUCCUCCUGUGCUAACACUACUCCAUACAGCCUCCUCCGUAUGUUCACACCUGCACCGGGACAGCAGGCACGCGUCAACAACUCUCACCGAGCUCCCAUGGGGCUGGCUCCUGCACACCCUCGUCGCGCCCGGACACCAGCGCACGGCUGCGUUGAUGCGUCCAUAUUGGACGUCCGGAUAGCGUCCGCGCUCGAGCCGGCCCGGUACGACAGACCACGGCGCCCUCCCUCAGCCUGUACAUCCGACGCGAACAUCGCGCCUGCACAGCGGGGCGCGAUUUGCACCAGACGCGGGCCCUGCUUGGUGCGCACAAGUGCUCGCCGGGGACCAGCGCGGGUCUGCGCAACUCAAUGGACGGACUUUGCGCGCUGGACGUACAUCGGCUGGCUGGUGUGGCUAUGACCAGCCCUGCACGUAUCUCGGUCCGCCCGGUAGCGACACACACUGCGCGCGUCACAAUGGACACAAUUUACGCACUCGUAUGUGCCGCGUUUCCGACGGCGUCGCAGGGCGUGGGGGAUGUGGAGCCACGGACGGUCAUUGAGCGGGCAUCUUUCCCGGCAGAGCCUAUCGAUGCGUUUGGUAUCCCGCAGGCUACGGUGAAGUGUCUAGAGUUAGCAGAGUGUCACACAGAUGGGCGACUCUCAGCGUCGCAGCAGAUGGGCCCGAAAGAAGCACUGUCGCGAUACGCCGAGCGAUUGCGUGAGGAUUACAGGCAAGCAUCGGCGGGUGGAAGCGGGCCUCACGUCCUGGACUGCCCAUCUGUUCUCGAGCAGCCACGGGCCACGCCAAUGCGGACUCUCCGGCAUCGACGCGCGAAGGUCGAUACUGAGCUGGAUUUCGACGGACGCGUGUCACGCCGCGGACAACUGCCAGUGGCCCGUCUCAUGGUGGUCACGCCGACGCGGCGAGCCGUCAAGUAUCCCGGCCUCGUCCUCCACGUCGGUAGCAACGCAUGAAGGUGACCACCACGCGUGGCAGGACGGACGGAGUUGGGAGUGGCCGGGCGAAGCAAGGCUCGUACGGAUGCGCGCGUCUGAUCGAGCAUCGCUGGCGCGGACUUGUACUCGACGUGCGCGAAGGUGGAAACAGCGCGUCUGGUCGGGGACGCGUUCCACGGGAAUCUCGCGCAAGACUGCACUGGGCGCGUCUCGUGUACUUGCGCCG